AUGGACCCAUUCAAUAUUGCACAGUUGAUUCUCCUCUCAGGGGAAAUUAUCAGUGCGUGUUACAUCUACGGCUGUGCUGUUUCUAAUUCCCCAGAAGAUUUACGGAAGCUCGUUGAGGAAACCACUUCCCUGAGCGGCAUCUUCGUGGCAAUCCAGGGUCUGGUCAACGCGGAUAGAUUUGUAGCCACUCAAAAGGAGGCGCUGUCCAAUUCCCUGAAAGAAUGCCAGGUUACACUCCGGCAACUGAAGGAUAUCCUACAAUCUAUACAUCCAAGGCCAGACGAGAAGAAGAUGAAGGGCUUGACGAGGUUCCUAUGGCCACUGAAACAGAAUGAAACGACGAAAAUUCUGGAAAGGCUUGGCCGACAUAAGAGCUCACUAAACUUGCUUCUCACCCUUGAAGCCACUCUGGAGGCCCAGCAAACGCAGAUCGUCCUAUAUGAACUCCAAGAUGCACUCCAGGAUGAUAGAGAGGAGCGCAAAGGCCGUGAAAUUGUGGGGCGCCGAAUCCAAGUAAAUCAAUGGCUGUGUGAGGACACGGUCUCUUAUGGAUUCAUGGAAUUCCAGGAUCAGGCAAACAGUAUUGAUGAUUGUCGGCCUGAAUCUGUCAUUGGAGCCAUUAUCCUUCAAAUCUGUCAAGUUUUAAAUUUCCUUCCUGAACAUGUGGAGGACUCAUAUACGCGUCAUAUUGGGAAGGACGGCAAGGCCGCAGCGCCAAGUUUUCAAGAAUUGGAGGUCCUACUGAGCGAAACUCUGGCUCUGGUACCGAAUGUCACAAUUGUUGUGGACGCUUUGGAUGAAUGCCACGAGAGGGAAUCGCUCGUCAAAAUUCUGAGCGACUUACCCUCCAAUGCCUCUGCAAGUGUCAAAGUAUUAGUCUCUAGCCGCAGAGAGGUUGAUAUUGUUCGACUGUUGAAGGAUCAUCCUAGUAUCUCAACACAGUGCCAGGAUGCCGAUGAAGACAUUCAUCAUUACAUCCGUGCGUCCAUCAAACUUAGGCCACGGUUACAAAGGCUGAAUGGGGCAUUGCAAGAACACAUAGUGGAAACUCUGACCAAAGGCGCUGGUGGAAUGUUUCGCUGGGUGAAAUGUCAACUCGACGAACUUGCCCGCCUCCGAACUGAUGGCGCCAUCAAAUCUGCCCUCUGCGGCCUUCCUCGCGAUCUUGACGAAACAUAUGAGCGAAUCUUAGGCCGUAUCUCUGAACACGACAUACCCCUCGCACGACAAGCACUCCUCUGGCUCGCCUACGCCAGCCGGCCCCUCACCCUCUCCGAACUAGCCGAGGGCGCCAUCCUCCAGCCAAAUGUCACAAUUUUGGACCCAGAGGACAGACUCCAUGACCCCGAAGACAUCCUGGAAGUCUGCAGCUCUCUCGUCUCUCUUGACGGUCCAUACGUCGUCCUUGCCCAUAAUUCCGUACGAGACUAUCUUCUUUCAUCCUGCGCUGCGAACAACCUACCACGCUUCUAUCUUCCCGAAUCCCACUGCCUCCCUGAACUUUCCACGCUCUGCCUAACCUACCUGAUGCUAUCCCCAUUCAGCACGGGCCCCUGUGUAACCUCUGAAGAUAUGAUACAGCGGCUAAAGGACUGGCCUUUGCUCCAGUACAUCUCACAUAACUGGGCAGACCACGCCCGCCCAUACCUAACUCCGUCCCAAAACCCAGCCCUCUACAUCCAAGUCACAACCUUAUUCGCAGAUCCCCCAACUGCCAACUUUUUAUCCUGGGUGCAGAUCCUCUUCGUCAACCCUCGCCGCCUACAGAAAACGUACAACCUGUACCCACGCACCGGCACACCGCUGUACUAUGCCACAUCCUUCGCCCUCACAUCUGUAUUCGAGCACCUGCUCGCUCAGGGCAGCGAUGUAAACGCUCAAGGGGGUCGUGGGGGUGGGACACCGCUGCACGCAGCGUGCUGGCGCGUGCAGGUCGAGCUAAUACGGCUGCUUCUACGCUCCGGUGCUAAUUUGGACGUGAGGGAUAAGAACGGGGAAACGGCAGUGGAUUUGGCAGAGUCUGCGAUGGCAGCGGGGAAUGUGGAGAUUGCCGGAGUGUUUCUGGACGAGAGGGGAAUCGUUUUGAACAAUCAGAAUGGACGCGAUGCUGGUGAUUGGUGGGACAAUGUUAAUGGAAAUAUACGGAAGUAUAGGCUCAAGUGGAAGCCGAGAGUUAUCCGAUGA